GAUUAGCUACGUGACGUUACUGGAGGCGUGGCUAUUGUACCACAUGGUAGUAAACAGUGGAAUGAGACAGUAGAAAGGUUUAUUAAUUCUUAGAAUUAAUAAGCACUUUAUUUUAUUAGGCUGGUAAUAUCCAUAGCCUUAGGCAUAAAUUGCACUGACAUUUGUCGAUACUGGUAAAUGGAAUGUCGCUUUCUGUAAUAUUUCGGUGCAGUGUUGCCACACAGGUUUGGCCUGGUGGCAGUUUCCCAGCUGCUUCAUUUUCUGCAUGCAGUUUGCAGUCUGUUCUAUUUAAGACUUACUUUUGCUUUAAUGCUCAGUUGACACCUGUGAAGAGGGCACGAUGCAUCGAGGAAGAUACCGUGCCGAAAGUGGCAUCGCCACCUUUGAGCCCCGAUCAGAUGGAGCGGAUCCGAAAAAACAAAGAGGCAGCUCUACAGCGUUUAGCUUCUCGUAAUAUUCCUGAAGGUUUGGGAGACAGUUGGCGAAAAGAGCUGAUGGGCGAGUUCUCAAAACCUUAUUUUAUUCAGCUUAUGGGCUUCGUUGCUGAAGAACGGAGACGGCACACUGUUUACCCACCUGCUUCCGAGGUUUUUACUUGGACACGAAUGUGCGAUAUCAGAAAUGUGAAAGUUGUUAUUUUGGGGCAGGACCCAUAUCAUGGACCCAAUCAAGCUCAUGGACUUUGUUUUAGUGUUAAACAACCGGUGCCACCUCCUCCAAGCUUAGAAAACAUGUAUAAGGAGUUAACGACUGAUGUUGAAGGUUUUAAUCAUCCUGGACAUGGAGAUUUAACUGGAUGGGCUAAGCAAGGUGUCCUGCUACUAAAUGCAGUUCUUACUGUACGAGCACAUCAAGCCAACUCCCACAAGGACAAGGGCUGGGAAACAUUCACUGAUGCAGUUGUGUCUUGGCUCAAUUUAAACUUAGAUGGUCUUGUAUUUCUACUUUGGGGAGCAUAUGCGCAAAAGAAAGGAAGCGUUAUCGAUAAGAAACGCCACCACGUAUUGCAGACUGUGCAUCCUUCUCCCCUGUCUGUGCACAGAGGAUUCUUUGGUUGCAGACAUUUCUCAAAGACCAAUGAGCUGCUGAAGAAAUCUGGAAAGAAGCCUAUAGACUGGACCGCUCUUUGAAACUUGUUUAACAAGCACUCUUCUGCAGACUUUAAGAACCUUACACCAGUUUUAUAGGCUGCCUUGGCUUACGCCUCUAGACCAAAUCUGCUAUAGUAAAUGGGCAGCUUUCAUUUCUUGCUUGCUGUUAAACCAAAUUUGCAACUUUCUGUGCACCUUAAACUGCAUGCUUUUCAUGCAUUGACAAAAACUUUUACCUUAUUUUGUUGAGAUCACUGCUAGCUGAAGAUGCACGGUGAUGCUAAAUGUUAUAACAGACCAUUUUAAAAAGGAAUAUUUUUCUUUAAAUGGCUCCACUGUCUACAAGAUUUGUGAAACCCAUAUGGGUAAAUACCACAGUUAGCUAGUUGUACCUUAGCUUUUUGUUCUCCAUAAUGGUUGGCUUACUUAACACUACAAAACUGCAUCUUUGUAUGCACAUGCCUUACAUAUGCACAAGAAUGGAGUGUGGAAAUGGUGACAAAAGGAUACAUGACUAGAUUCCCCAAAGGUCUUGGAUGUUAACCUGCUGAAAAGAUUGUACUGGUAUCUGUAGUCCUUUUGUACCUGGAGCCAUUCUGUGGAAAAGUACCUUUUUUUCUUUUGCUGUGUGUGCACAAUUUCUGUGCAUUUAUUUUAUUUUGAAUUUUAAAUUGUUAGCAUCCUGCUUGUUGAUACUGUAAAACACUAAGUUGAACCAAGAAUUCCUUAACAGUUAAACCGUUUUACAUACUAGAUUGCUGCAAUUUUAUCAACUAAACAUGGAAGUAUUUUCAUUUCAGUUGUUUUUCAGUUAUAACUGCCAUUUGAGUUACUUUACCAAUAUAUAAAGUUGUGAAUGAGCUGGAGAGAGGUUCUUAAUCUGUUGUAAAUAUUCUUUUGUAUGUUUUUUAUAUAGUGUUAUUUUUAUAGUAACUGUUUAGUCCAUUGCACCAGAGUUAUUUUUAUGGUAAAUGUUUUGUCUAUUGUAAAUAAAUGUUUGUUGCUGUA